AGAAUUGAAAUUAGCCUGUACAAACGCCUUAGCCGGGAAAAAAUUCGCACAAGAAAUUGGCGUUGACAAAGUGGACAAAUCAUUAGUAGCAAACUUCGAAAUCCUUAAUUUAGUCCCCGAACGUAGUUUUUUUCCGAACAGAAGCGAAGCAGACAUUUCUCCUAUUACGAGCGUCAAAUGGAAGCGAGUGGGAAUGGUUUCUGGCAGGUCGGUGCGUCUGGAUACCAUAAUUUGGCCGGGAGGUGACCUCUCGGUGGCAGCGGUGUCGACGAGGGCGAGGACGGUCUUCAGGGUGGUCACGGCCCUCGCACCUCCCUUCGUCAUGGAGAGCGAGUUGGACGAGGAUGGACAAUGCCUCAGAGGUCUUCCAUGUCAUCGGGUCCUUACUUCAGAUAAGGACAAUCUAACUCUAGUUUUCAACGAGAUGCAACGUUUGGAGGAAGAAGAGGACGAACAAGAGGAGGAGAACCAAUUUUCAGAGUACAAACAGUUCCCAGACGAUUAUAGUGACGACGACGAUCGUUUCUUCCCUUUUCAUAAGUUCAAAUAUCGCACAAACUGUUGCUACGGUCUAUCCAUGGACCUAUUGGAAAAUAUUGCUCAAGAAUUAGAAUUCGAUUUUAGAUUGUACAUAGUCGCAGAUGGACUUUUUGGUUCCAGAACUAUUAUAAGAAACUCCAGGGGCAGAAGGGACGUCGGAAAGAAAUUUUUGAGUGGUGACAAGAAAGAAAGAGGGAAAAUCCUUUUAUAUGCAGAAGAAUUCUCUGAGGUCGAUAGCGAUGAAGUCGACGUAAAGUGGAAUGGGAUUGUGGGAGAUUUAGUGUCCGGAGCAGCUCACAUGUCCUUCGCAGCUCUGAGCGUAUCCAGCGCCCGAAGCGAAGUUAUAGACUUCAGCUCCCCGUAUUUUUUCAGCGGGGUAUCUUUUUUAGCGGCUCCCCAACAGAAGUCCGAGAUCCCGCUCAUGGCCUUUCUGCUGCCCUUCUCGCCGGAGUUAUGGAUUGCCAUUUUCACAAGCCUAAACAUAACCGCCAUCGCCGUCGCCAUAUACGAGUGGCUGAGCCCCUUCGGCCUGAAUCCCUGGGGUCGCCAGCGGUCCAAGAACUUCAGCAUGAGUUCAGCUCUCUGGGUAAUGUGGGGAUUGUUGUGCGGCCACCUCGUUGCCUUCAAAGCCCCCAAGAGUUGGCCGAAUAAGUUUUUAAUCAACGUCUGGGGCGGUUUUUCUGUGAUCUUCGUCGCCAGUUACACUGCGAACAUCGCUGCUCUGAUCGCUGGACUUUUCUUCCACAACACCUACAGCAAUUACCACGAUAGAAGCCUCCUGAGCCAGAAAGUAGGGGCUCCAAGAGCUUCGGCAGCCGAAUAUUACGUCCAAAAGGCCAACCAAAUGCUGUGGGAGCACAUGCACAAGUAUUCCCUGGAGAACGUAGAGGAAGGAGUGGAAAGACUGCGAAAUGGCUCAUUAGAUAUUCUAAUUGCCGACACCCCAAUACUCGACUAUUACCGAGCUACGGACCAUGGGUGUAAGCUGCAGAAGAUCGGUGACACCAUAAACGAGGACACUUACGCGAUAGGAAUGACAAAGGGCUUCCCUCUUCAGGAUAGUAUUUCGGCAGUGAUAGCCAAAUACUCCAGCAAUGGGUAUAUGGAUAUCCUGCAAGAGAAAUGGUACGGCGGUCUACCAUGCUUCAAAUUGGCCACGGAAAUAGCGCAGCCGAGACCCCUGGGGGUCGCCGCGGUCACAGGAGUGUUUAUUCUGCUUGGCGUAGGCAUCGCCCUAGGACUAAUAAUACUAUUGGUGGAACAUCUGUUUUUUAGAUACACGCUACCCAUCCUUAGGGAUAAGCCAAAGGGAAGUAUCUGGCGCAGCAGGAAUAUUAUGUUCUUCAGUCAGAAGCUAUAUCGGUUCAUCAAUUGCGUGGAGUUGGUCUCACCGCACCACGCCGCCAGGGAACUGGUCCACACUAUUAGACAAGGACAAAUCACCAGCCUCUUCCAGAAAAGCAUUAAAAGGAAGGAACACGAACAGCGCAGGCGAAGAAAGAGCAAAGCGCAAUUCUUCGAGAUGAUCCAGGAAAUAAGGAGCACUAUUCGCAGGCAACAGCAGGAAGAGAGGGAGCCGCCCUUGGAGUCCGUGACAGAAGACGACUCCGAAUAUCAGCUGUCCCCGGAGGAGAAAAAGUCGAAAUUGAGCCCGAGCAUUAUCCGUAGAACUUUCCUGAGGACGAGUCCGAAAGCGGAUAAUAGUGGAAAAAUUAAAUCUCCAACUACGUACUUUAAUAAGCAGCUGUUUAGCCCUCGCUCUAAAAAUAAAGCCAAGAGUUCCACCACCCUGAACGUGAGGCGAUUCAGCACCGACAGCGUUUUUAAUUCGCAAACUUUGAAAUUAGAUCACAGCAGCGCCGUCGGGAGGAGAUUAAGCAAGGACGCUUCCACAUUUUUGACGAGCUCGCCGCCUGAUGUAAAUAGCAGGCGAUCGAGCUACUUAGACAUUAUUAGUUCGGGAAAUAAACUAUCGGGCAAAAGUCCCAUCCUAUCUAUAGAGAACUUAUCGGACUGCAGUUCAGCGAAAUAUUCGGAACCUUUGAGGAAACUUUCAGACUCCGAGAGCAUAGGUAGAAAGUUAGCCACUUUACCCAAGUAUCGCGAACCAAUCGACAAGCACCGCCUACAGCCGCAGUACAGUCUAACUCUAGGCAAGAGCGACGAAACUUUAAGUAAAACGGAAAAACCGGAACAGGUAUCGGCUGCCAGAAGUUUCAACAACAUUUCAGAAACUAAUUCAAACUAUAAUAUCGAACAUAAGAGCAAUUUAUCAGACGACGAGAUAGCUAGGAGAAACAAGCAGACUAUCGAACAACUUCAAAAUGUCUUAACUAAGAGCAUUACAAAGCCUAGUAAACGAGUAAACGACAAUAAUUCGAAGCAGAACACCAACCCUCAGAUUAGAAUACAAAUUGAGGAUACAACCAAGACGGAACAGCGCAAUCCACCUUUGUCGAGGAGAAACAAAACGCGGCACCAGAGCUUAGGAGAUGCGACUACAACCGUGCAGUCGAAUACAUCAGAAGUCACAAAACGAAACAAACUGACAGAGCAGAGUAAGUCUCUAGAUGGCAGUAACCCAUCAACGAAGGAAAAAUCAAGGUCUAGGUCCCGACUGAGAGAAGACGAUCUACCCCCAGCGCCUCCCCCGCCCAACUGCUCCCCAAGAAACUCAAAUGGACGAUCGCCACUCGAAAGGUUAUCAAAGGAUGAACUUGUUCUUCUUUGGAGGAGUUCGGAGUCAGAGCUGCGGAGCCACCUGCUCAAAGCGAUAAGGGAUAAGGAGGAACCAUCCGACCCACCUUGA